AUGUCCCCGCGCCGAUCGUCGAGGGCUCGCACCACCCAGCCUCCGUCCAACGCCCAGACUGCGCACAGCGUUUCCUCCUCCGUCUCAUCAGCUCGCACAGAUCGUGCAACGAGAACCGACUACAAGCAGGCAUCGCCGCACAAGUCCUCGACCCCACACUCGCUCUCCUCUGAAGAGUCAGAAGAACCGUCGCACGACUUGCAGAUGGACCGACCCUUGACACGGCGCCGAACGCGCGAGCAGGACAUCGAUGAAGACGACCUAGCGAAGCUCGACGACGAUCUCGAUGACGAGAUGGUUGAGGAAGACGAGGUGACACGAUGUGUGUGCGGCUACCAGGAAUACCCAGGCCCGCCCUCGGACGCAGCCAAGUCAUUGGAAGGCGAUGACCUCAGCGGUCUGUUCAUUCAAUGCGAUAUCUGCAAGGUCUGGCAACACGGCGGCUGCGUUGGCAUCAUGGACGAAGCCGCCAGUCCUGAGGAGUACUUCUGUGAGGAAUGCCGCAAGGACCUUCACAAGGUCACUACAAGUCCCAAGGGCCAAAAGUACUCUCGUUACCUCCCUGUCUACGACCAGCAGCACGGCAAGAAGGCCCGCAAAUCGUCCGUCUCGAAAGAGACAGUAUCUCCACCGAGCCGCCACAACGACCGCAACGCGAGAGCUAGCGUCGACUCGCUUGGCAAACGACGAUCCACGAUGAACAGCAGGGCUGCAUACGAUGAAGAUGAAGUGUUACGGAAGGUGCUGGAAGAGAGCAAGCACGAGGGCGCACCUCCCUCAGAAAACGGCACUCGCAAGAAGCGAAGUCGCGAUGAUAGUGAAGAAACCAAACCAGAAGUCAAGCGACAGCGCACAGGCUCGCGAUCUCCAAGCAAUUCCCCUGUCCUUGAAUCGGAGGACGACAGCACGAAAGCCUCUGCCCCCAAGCAGAAACCGCGUGGUGCAGCCGCGAGAAGUCAACGCGAGAAAGAACAGCGCGAGAAAGAGCGUGAACAGGAACGUACCGAGGCAGCCAACAGACGCAAAGGACGCGCUGAACGUAGGAAAGCAGAUGGUACGUCGGAGACAGUAGUACAGAUGUGCGGUCGGCCACCACAGAAGUCGCGUGGUCGCCUUGGCCGUAAUCAGUACUCGCGAGAUACUCUGUCCGCUGCGAACGGCGCAUCUCUAGCGAACGACGUCGUGAAUUCUCCACAACCGAGUGGCACCAACGGCAACAGCAACGGACACGAGAGUAGUGAUGGAGCCACAGGGCACAAGACAACCAAGUCGAAAAACUCGCGCCUACACAAGCUGUCGUGGAACGACAUCAUGCGGCCAGCUGGCGCUAUGCAGAGCUACAUAGCUCAGCGCCAGGUCGAAAUGGCUGGUGAGAAGGCGAGCCCAGCACCCGCUGUCCAGCCCCCAACGAACGGAGAGCAAUACCAGGCAGAGUCGAAGCACGAGGACACCGAGUUGUCAGUAUUCAAGGAUCUCAGUACAACGCAGAUGAUGGACCAUCUGAGCCGUGAUCUGGUGCAUUGGCAGAAGAUGAUCAUCGAACAGAAAGAGAAGUAG